GGCUCUAUAAAUUACCAAAACAUUCAGAACCUUUCUUCUUCACCAACAACUAAAGAUGGCAGAAGAGGUGAUUCUUUUGGAUUACUGGGCGAGCAUGUUUGGGAUGAGGACAAGGAUUGCUCUGGAAGAAAAAGGAGUGAAAUAUGAAUACAGAGAAGAAGAUCUCAGUAACAAGAGCUCUUUGCUUCUUGAGAUGAACCCAAUUCACAAGAAGAUUCCUGUUUUGAUUCACAAUGGCAAACCCAUCUGCGAAUCCAUAGUACAGGUUGAGUACAUCGAUCAAGUCUGGCCUGGUACAAACCCUAUUCUCCCAUCUGAUCCUUACCAGAGAGCUCAGGCUAGAUUCUGGUCAGACUACAUAGACAAGAAGACGAGCGGACCCUGCAAAGGUUUACAUAGAGAAACAGGGAAGAAACAAGAGGCAGCAAAGAUGGAGUUCAUCGAAGUACUCAAGACCCUUGACUCGGAGCUAGGAGACAAAUCAUUCUUCGGUGGAAACGAGUUUGGGCUCGUGGACAUUGCCUUUAUAGGAUUCUACAGUUGGUUCCGUACGUACGAGGUGAUUGCAAAUUUCAGCAUUGUGGCAGAGUAUCCUAAGUUAAUUGCUUGGGCAGAGAGGUGUUUGAAGAGAGAAAGUGUGGCUAAGGUCUUGCCCGACUCUGAUAAGGUGCUAAAGUCAGUCUCUGACUAUCGGAAGAAGAUUUUAGGAAUCAACUAGAUUCAUAUGCAGAACGUCCCAUGUUAUAUUUUCAUUGAAGAUGUAUUUCUCCGCAAUAACUAUUAUAUAACAUUAUAUCACCACCAAACUA